AUGCAGGAUUUGCAUUAGUCCACUAGUUGGGUGAUACUAAAAAUAAUUAGCCCAUGUUUGUCAUGGUUUCAGUUCAGUCUCGUUCCAAUUCUAAAUUCGCGAGAACUCCGCGAUAACGUGGUUUCUUGAUUUUUAAAAAGAAAAAUUUGGAAAUAGAAAGGGGUAUUUUGUAUGUUGAUAUCAGGUGUGUCCUGUUGUUAAUCCAUUACCUAGGGUAAAGGAAUUGUCAACUACCUUUGGACAAGUUGAUAAGCUGGAAAAGGUCAAGAAGGAAAUGGAACAGACUGUGUUAAGUCUGGAGACGAAGUUGGAAGAAAGUGAAAGCCAGAAUAGAAGACUAAACCAUAAUCUGAAACAGAAAGAAACGAAGAUAGAAGGUUUGGAAAAACGGGUGGCAGAAAUGGAAGUGAGUCGAGAAGACAACAGUCAGUCACUCAGUAUGGCUCUGAAGCAGAAAGAUAGCAAGAUAGGUCUGUUAACACAGAACCUACAGCAGCAGGAGACUGAGAAAAUGGCCUUGGAAGCUAAAUUAGAAGAAGUUACAGCCCAGGCUAAUACGUUCUCUCGGCUGAUCGAGCAGAGGGAGAAACAGGUACGAGGCCUGAAAACGAGGCUGGAGGAAGCUGUCCAUCAAAAUAACAAGAUGACGCACGCGGCCGAGCUGAAGGAUGACAAAAUACAGACACUAGAGAAAAGGUUUGGAUUUAACUGUAUUCGAGAGUUAUCAAAUUGGUGUCCGCCCCCACCCCCUUCCCGAAUAACCUGAGGGGACGCAGUAGCAGAAUUUAGACGCCGCAAUUAGUGCUCAAUCAGCGCGCCGAAGCGUCGUCGAAUCUUUUUUGAAAUACUCGAAGGUUUUCCAAAGGUUCGUUAAAGGACUCUGUAGAUUUUCCGGAGCUUCGUGAGAUUACCCGAAGAUUUUCAGAGCCUUGUUGUCCAAUCAAAGUAUAGCGCAAGUGCCUCGAUUGCCAGGAACAGGUUUCUGUACUUUACUUGCUUCAACGGCUGGUUCCGUCGUCGCCCAUGAAGGGGAAUUCAUACAAAAUUUUGUAGACAUAAGAAGAGCCAGGCUUUGUCCAACAUGUCAGUUUUCUUUUUCUCUUUGUUUUAU